AUCAGUGAAAACGGAAGAAAGAAAUGACGAGGAACAUCUUCCAAAGUCGGAAAUUCUCAGGCCUCUGUGUUCUCUCAAUCUUGCUCGUAUCAGUCACAAUCAUCCUCCUAACCAAUGACACAAUCGAUCUCUUCCCUUACUUGUCUCUCUCUUAUCUCCGUCGAUCUUCUCUCUCCGACAUCAUCCCAGCUUUCACGCCAACCUCGAGUCCCACCAAUAACUCUUCGUCGUCUAUGAAAUCACCGGUUUCUCAGAACCGAGUCGUUGAUGAUGAUCAAGGUUUGGAAUUGGAUUGGCUUAAUAAAGAUAACAAAUGGAAUGUGAGUUUGAAGGUGGAUUGGAAGAGAUGCGAGAGUCCUGAUUACAUGCCAUGUUUGGAUAACAUAAAAGCCAUCAAGAAACUCAAGUCGAAGAGGAACAUGGAACACAGAGAGAGACAUUGUCCCGAGUCUGCACCUAAAUGUCUCGUUCCUUUACCAAAACGCUACAAGGUUCCUCUUCCUUGGCCUCAGAGCAGGGACAUGAUUUGGUAUGAUAAUGCCCCUCACCCGAAGCUUGUAGAAUACAAGAAAGAUCAGAAUUGGAUUCGUAAAUCCGGAACUUUCUUUGUCUUCCCUGGAGGUGGAACUCAAUUCAAAGACGGUGUUAUUCACUACAUCAACUACAUACAAAAGACGUUACCUGUUCUUGAAUGGGGGAAGAAAGUACGAGUGGUUCUUGAUGUUGGUUGUGGUGUGGCUAGCUUUGGUGGGACUUUACUAGAUAAAAAUGUGAUCACAAUGUCAUUUGCUCCUAAAGACGAACACGAAGCUCAGAUUCAAUUCGCAUUAGAACGAGGAAUUCCCGCUACUCUAGCUGUUAUUGGAACUCAAAAGCUUCCUUUUCCUGACAAUUCUUACGACGUUAUCCAUUGCGCAAGAUGCAGAGUCCAUUGGCACGGAUACGGUGGUAAACCGCUUUUGGAACUUAACCGGAUUCUAAGGCCUGGAGGGUUUUUUGUUUGGUCAGCUACGCCUGUUUAUCAACACGAUGAAGGGCAUCGCAACGUUUGGAAAACUAUGGAGUCUUUGACUACAUCAAUGUGUUGGAAAGUUGUGGCUAGAACUCGUUUCACAAAAGUUGGAUUCGUGAUUUACCAGAAACCAAACUCAGAGUCUUGCUAUGAAUCGCGUAAGGAUAAUGAUCCGCCUCUCUGCACCAAAGAAGAAACAAAGAAAAACAGCUCAUUGUACACUCCUCUGCUUAGCUGUCUACCGAAAGUACCGGUGGGUCCAACCGGAAAAUGGCCUUCUCGUUGGCCUGAAAGGUUAACCGAUAGGCCGGUUAGCCUCAUAACAGAACAGAUCAGUGAAGAGAGUUAUAGAGAAGACACAAGACUCUGGUCUGGAAUCGUAUCAGAUGUCUAUCUAAACGGUUUAGCUAUAAAUUGGACCAGGAUUCACAAUGUUAUGGACAUGAAUGCUGGUUAUGGAGGAUUUGCAGCUGCUCUUAUAAACAGACCUCUCUGGGUGAUGAAUGUGAUUCCUGUGGAAGGCAAAGACACAUUAUCGAUGAUUUUUGAUAGAGGUUUGAUUGGAAUUUACCAUGAUUGGUGUGAGUCUUUCAACACGUACCCAAGAUCAUAUGAUCUCUUGCACUCUAGUUUCCUUCUCACCAAUCUUUCUAAAAGGUGUGAUUUAUUGGAGGUGGUAGUGGAAAUAGACAGAAUAGUAAGACCAGGAGGGUAUCUUGUGGUGCAAGACACCGUUGAAAUGCUAAAGAAGCUUAACCCUAUUCUUUUAUCUCUCCGAUGGUCAACGAAUGUGUACAAAGGCAAGUUCCUUGUUGGCCUGAAGUCGUUGUGGCGUCCGUAAACCCAAUAUCCAUCCUCUUUAUAAAAAUGUUUAAAGGGGUUUUUGAUUAGAGAUGUUGAAUGUUGUUUUUUUGGUGUGGAUUUUCUGAUUUUUUAUUACUCUUUUUUUUUUUUUUAGAAAGUACUAGGGAAUCGAAUUAUACUCGAUACUAUUUUUGAUAAUGUCUUUAAAUAAAA